GCUUUUAAUAUGGAAGCCCAGGACCUAGAAAUUACCAGACACUCUCCUUCUAGAUUCCUCCCUCCAACGCUAUAAAUACAAAGCUCUGCCACUGUCCCUCGCAUCAGAACAAAGAAGAAAUCACAGUAUCAAAACAACAAUCAAUUUCUACAAUCAAUAUUUACUUAUAGCAAGUUUGGUUUCAUUCUUACUACUACAGAAAAAUGGCAAUGAUUCCAAGUUUUUUCGGUAACUCGCGGAGCAGCAUAUUUGAUCCUUUCUCCGCUUUCGACCUUUCUGAUCCGUUCAAAGGCUUCCCGUUUCCUUCCUCUUCUUCGCUAAUCUCCGGAGAAAAUUCGGCCUUCGUUAACACCCGCGUCGACUGGAAGGAGACACCCGAAGCUCAUGUUUUCAAGGCUGAACUUCCGGGGCUCAAAAAGGAGGAAGUGAAAGUGGAGGUUGAAGAUGACAGAGUUCUUCAAAUCAGCGGAGAGAGGAGCGUUGAGAAGGAAGACAAGAAUGAUAAGUGGCACCGUGUGGAGCGUAGCAGUGGGAAGUUUAUGAGGAGGUUUAGGCUGCCGGAGAAUGCAAAGAUGGAUCAGGUUAAAGCUUCGAUGGAGAAUGGAAUUCUUACUGUGAGUGUUCCUAAGGAGGAUGUCAAGAAACCUGAAGUUAAGUCCAUUGAGAUUUCUGGUUGAAAUUGGGAUACUUCUUCUUGUAAAAAUCAAAUAACAAAUAUUAGUGUGUGUGAUGUGACAAAAUAAAAUAAUAAGUGGAGUUUGUUUGUUUUAAAGAAAAUGUUAGAAUGUACUUGUUUGUUUGCUUGAUUGCUUAUCUAAUGAAAAUAUUAACUUAUGAA